AUGCUAUUUAAUACAAAAGAAGAGUGGCCAUUUCAGGAAAUUCAUGAACAGACGGUCAUUGUUGAGAAAUAUCUUGAAUGUGCUUUACUACCAUUAGCUAUGGGCAAUAUGACGCCAAGAAUUCUUUUUAAAGAGCCUGAAAACAGUAAUAUUCAAUUGAGCAACUUCCAUGUUAACGAUUCGUUUGCAUCAAAAUCUCAUACAGCAAAUUUGGAAAAAUCUGAAAAUAGCUUGAAAAAGAAACAGAUUCGAAAAAUAGUCGAAAGUGACCAUGCACAUGAAAUUGAUGCAGCGAUCAUACGAAUUAUGAAGACGAGCAAUACAGUGAGGCAUCUUGAACUGAUUGCUGAAUUCGCAGGUCAUAAAUCAACUAAAAGUACGCUUAAAGUUUGUCUGCGAGCAACUAAGAGCCGUAUUGAGCAUUUGAUCGAAUCUGACUUUUUAUCACGAUCUAAAGACGAUAUCUAUGUUGUCAAAAUCAAUGAUUUGUUUUAA